GAGUAAACUGCAGUCCGCUUGGCGUGGGGAGUGGGAAUGGAGGGGGCGCGAAGAAACCGGUGUCUUUUGGCUCCUCCGAGGCUCUGUAGUGGGCGUCCGGUGCGUCCCUAGCAACCGUUUGCGCGCGCUCACAGCUUGCCUUCCCUGAGGCCCGCCCACCGAGGUGUCUGAUUGGUUCCUGACCCCUUGUUUCACUGCCUAAGUCGUUCUGCGAUUGGUCGGUGGGCCAGAAGCGCGCGGAUCGUCACGUUGCGAACUCGACUGAGACUAGCGCCGGGUUUAGGUGUGGGCUAUCGGAGGCGGGAGGUUGGUGCCCCGUUGCUCUGCUCUUCAUGGAGGACAGAGGUCCACCAGUUUUUGCUGAGGACUGGAAGUGCUUGUCUGGGAGUCCUCUGGCUCAAGAAGGCCCAGCUUUCCAUGCUACCUUCGAGCCCAGCAAGCCACUCUCCAUAGCUCGUAGACACCUGAGCAGGAAGAAUGGGCUUUCCAGACUCUGCCAGAGCCGAAUGGCACUCUCCGAGGACAGGUGGAGCUCAUACUGCCUUUCAUCAUUGGCUGCCCAAAACAUCUGCACAAGCAAGCUGCACUUUGCUUCUGGACCUGAGUAUGCUGACCCUAUAGCUGGGCCACUGGGCAGUACGUCCUGCUGCUCCUUGCUGCGUGGCCUGGCUUCAGGGUGCUCUGGACCCCUGCUCUCCACCCCUGUGUGCAACCCCAACAAGGCUGUCUUUACUGUGGAUGCCAAGACCACAGAGAUUCUGGUUGCCAAUGACAAAGCCUGCAGCCUCCUAGGGUACAGCAGUCAUGACCUGAUCGGCCAACAGCUCUCCCAGUUCUUCCUUAAGUCGGAUUCCGAGGUGGUAGAAGCCCUCAGCGAGGAGCAUGUGGAGGCUGAUGGCCAUGCUGCAGUGGUGUUCGGCACAGUGGUGGACAUUGUCAGUCGAAGUGGGGAGAAGAUUCCAGUCUCUGUGUGGAUAAAGAGGUUGCAGCAGGAUCGUGGCUUGUGCUGUGUAGUGGUUCUGGAGCCUGUGGAGAGGGUCUCGGCCUGGGUCGCCUUCCAGAGUGAUGGAACUAUCACAUCAUGCGACAGUCUCUUUGCUCAUCUCCAUGGGUUCACAUCUCCAAAGGACGUAGUUGGACAGUGUAUCAUAGACUUGAUUCCAUCCAUGCAGCUCCCUCCUCCUGGCCAACAUGUUCCAAAGAGUCUCAAGAUUCAACGGUCUGUUGGGAGAGCCAGAGAUGGCACCACCUUCCCUCUCAGUCUGAAGUUGCAAUCCAAGCCCAGUGGAAAGGCUGUAGCUGACAGUGAGGCGGCCUCUGAACCAGGUUACCAGGCUUCCGUGUGGGUGUUCUGCACCAUCAGUGGCCUCAUCACUCUGCUGCCUGAUGGCACAAUUUAUGGAGUGAACCACAGCUUUGCACUAAUGCUGUUUGGUUAUGGGAAGACAGAGCUCCUGGGCAAGAACAUCACUUUCCUGAUCCCUGGCUUCUACCACUACAUGGACCUUGCAUAUGAGAGUUCUGCACAGCUGCCAGAUCUGGUCAGCUGCAUGAACAUUGGCAGCAAGAGCGGGCCUGGGGAGAUGAGCUCCCAUGCCCAACAGGACUGGGAACUGCCCAGUGGGGCCCAGGGUCCAAGAAUUGAUGUGGUAUUGGCACGGGGCCACAUGCCAUCACAAGAUGAGACCCUGAAGCUGGUGGGAGGACAGGUCUCCCCUGGGACUCAGACACGGUUGGAAACUGGAUGCCAGAUACUUCCUCCUUCUGCAUCUCAGCCCUCGCCGGGGGUGGACAGCAACUCAGUAGAUGGUGAGCAGUCGUUGCUCACAGAGCAGCGAAGCAUUCCAAAGAGGAACCUGCUAGCCCAUGGUGGACAGUUACUAUCUCAGAACCAACUAGACACCCCAGAAUUAUCCCUACCAGUCCUUAAAGAACAUUUAUUGUCUGAAAUUCAGAAAAAUAUCUCAGAGGAAAGCCCAGUAGCCCACCGGAAAUGGUUACUAUCCAAGGCCCAGCCCGACACCGCAGAAGGAAGCCUGCCAGCCCACGCUGCGCAGUUAGUGCGUGCAGGCCAGCGCAGCCGUGUCUCGGGAAAGGAGAACAAGGCCCAGCACGGCACCGCAGAAGGAAGCCUGCCAGUCCACGCUGCGCAGUUAGUGCGUGCAGGCCAGCACAGUCGUGUCUCGGGAAAGGAGAACCCUUCAGCAGCAGAGAGCUACAGGGAAGGUCUGUUUGAAGAAAGCAGGUCCAAACCAGUGGAUGCAAAACUGUUUGCUUUAUGUGAAGAUUCUGAGCCUCUCAUCCCAGUUAAGGACAGGAGCAGCAGGUUAGACAUGUGUAAUCUGCAACGGGGAGCUCAGUGGGAGUUGAUGGGUGUCAGCAGUUCCAGCAGCCCUGACCCUUGGGCUGAUGCCACCAUGCAUGAGCCCCACACUACAGGGCAGGUAGCAGGAGGGAGCCUGACAUACUGCCCACAGCAUAGAAGCGAGUGGAUUGCGCAGCAGCGAGGCCAGGACACAGCUCCCAGCCCCUCUGGAAUGGCGUGUGUCUUGCUUGGGACACCCACUCUGGAUGAACCAUGGCCAGGAGUGAGAAAUGAUCGAGAAGAGCUGCAGACUUGCUUGCUUAAGGAACGGUUGUCCAAGUCAAGCUUUGGGGGAACUCUGGGCAUGUCCUGUGUGGAACUUGUCCCAGCAGAACAUCCUCCUUUCACCGCCCCUGUGUCCUUCUGUGAGCUGGGAGGCCAAGACCUAUGUGCUAGCCGCUCAGGCAGUUCCUCAGCCUGUUAUGCUUUGGCCACCGACCUCCCUGGUGUCCUGGAGGCAGUGGAAACCCAGGAGGCUGAUGUGAAUUCUUAUUCCUGGAACCUCAAGGAGCUCUGUCUCAAUGACCAGACAGACAGAACUCCAUCACAUUGUUCCUGUACCACGUCUGAACUCAGCGAGACGCCAUCUCUUUCAGUGGUGGGGUCAGAUUUAGAUGUGGGUGUUCUGUACAGGCAGACUUCAGGUAUUUUAGUUGACCGAGAGAUGUUGCUCCUUACUGGGACCUAUUCUGACCUUGGUGAAGGCCAACGGUUCCAGGACAUGGGAGCAGGACAUGAUCGAGCAGAACUGUCUAACAUUUCUUUGGUAUCCUCUGAACACUAUGAAACUAGUGACAUAGAAAGCCCAGGUUGUGGCCCUCCCAUACCUGAUCCUGGUCCCAAUGAUAUGUGCCUAUCAUCAGAGAAGCCCAGGCUGAGUGCCCAGAUCACUUCCACUCCUGUGGCACCUGGGGCCACCAGCCUGCAGCAGGAGAUCCAAGAGGGCAUCUACUCUGGAAGCUGCUACCACCGAGAUGGCUUACGACUGAGUAUACAGUUUGAAGUAAAGCGUGUGGAGCUCCAGGGCUCUGCAACCCUGUUCUGCUGCUGGCUGGUGAAGGACCUCUUACAUAGCCACUGGGACUCAGCCACCCGAACCCGCCUGUUCCUUGCCAGCCUGCCCAGCUCUACCCACUCCAUGCCUGAGCUGUCUGGAUCCAGCUUUGGAGAGGUGCUCAGAGCUAAGCCGUUGUUUGAGGAAUCCCCAAUACCUGCAGAGCUAGAGGGUCUGGCGGCCUGCGAGGGAGAGUACUCCCAUAAGUAUAACACCAUCAGCCCACUUGGCAGUGGGGCCUUUGGCUUUGUGUGGACUGCAGUGGAGAAGGAAGGCAACAAAGAGGUGGUGGUGAAGUUUAUUAAGAAGGAGAAGGUUUUAGAAGAUUGUUGGGUUGAGGAUCCCAAACUUGGAAGAGUUACUUUAGAGAUUGCGAUUCUGUCCAAGGUGGAGCAUGCCAACAUAAUCAAGGUUCUGGAUAUAUUCGAAAACCAAGGGUUCUUCCAGCUAGUGAUGGAAAAGCACGGCUCUGGCUUGGACCUCUUUGCUUUCAUUGACCGCCAUCCCUGCUUGGAUGAACCCCUGGCGAGUUACAUCUUCCGACAACUGGUGUCUGCUGUAGGAUACCUGCGCUCCCAAGGCAUCAUCCAUAGAGACAUCAAGGAUGAGAACAUUGUGAUUGCCGAGGACUUCACGAUUAAGCUGAUAGAUUUUGGCUCAGCUGCCUACUUAGAGAGGGGCAAACUAUUUUAUACCUUUUGUGGAACAAUCGAAUACUGUGCACCUGAAGUUCUCAUUGGAAAUCCCUACAGAGGACCAGAGCUGGAGAUGUGGUCUCUGGGGGUUACCCUAUACACACUCAUCUUCGAAGAGAACCCCUUCUGUGAGGUGGAGGAGACCAUGGAGGCAGUCAUUCAUCCCCCAUUCCUGGUUUCCCAAGAACUUAUGAGUCUUCUGUCUGGGCUGCUGCAGCCUUGCCCUGAGCAGCGAACCACUUUGGAGAAGCUGAUCGUGGACCCCUGGGUGACACAGCCUGUGAACCUUGCUAACUACACCUGGGAAGAGGUGUGUAGGACCAACCAGCCAGAAAGUGGCCUGCAGUCAGCUGUAAGUCUGGAGCUGGGGAGUAGGAGUCCAAGUGCAGUGGCUCAGACAGAGGGUCUUUGUGGGCCUCCUGUUCCCAGGGAGACUCCUGGUGACCAGCACUGCUUGCAUCUUGAGGACCCCUCUUUGCCAGUCGGCUGAGCAAGCUCUCCUGCUCUUCUCCACUUGGUUUGGGAAAUUGUAUGGAUUUCAGGGCUUCCUACCUGGAGAAAGGAAGUUGUGAAGAAGGGUGAAUUUCCCUUCUAUAGAUUCCUGUGCAAAUGCUACAAGAGCCUGCGAUACUAUUUUUCUUAGGUUUAUAAUAUAGACUUGUAAUUCAUGUUUUUUUUUUAUAACCUUGAAAAUCAUUCUAAUGUUCAAUUACAUUGUGCUAUUAAAGAUCUUUAAGUUGUAAGUCUCAGAAAGA